AUGCAUCAACACGAAACCUCCAGAACCAUUGAGGUGGUCCCAUCAGCCUCUGCCCUGAUUAUCAAAGCUCUGAAGGAGCCUCCGCGUGAUCGCAAGAAGCAGAAGAACAUUAAACACAAUGGCAGUGUCCCCUUCGAUGAGAUCGUCAACAUCGCCCGGCAGAUGAGACACCGUUCGUUGGCCCGGGAGCUCUCAGGAACUAUUAAGGAGAUCCUGGGAACCGCUCAGUCGGUUGGCUGCAGUGUUGACGGUAGACACCCCCACGACAUUAUUGAUGACAUCAAUAGUGGGGCAAUUGAGUGCCCAGCGAGCUAAGCGCCAAUGGAAUGGGCUGCAUGCAACUGUAUUUCUAUCGUUCAGUAACAAAAGUAGUUAGUUUGGCUGCUGCCAUGAAAUCUUACCUUCACCAACUUGCCACUUCGGCUUCUUAGGGCGUGAUCCCAUCACAGCCCCUUAAAAUGUGGGAAAAGUUUGUGUACUCAUUUCAAAAAUAAAAAUUGCACCUAGUUUAACUCCA